UGAGCACUACUUUUCAGAUAGCUAGCCCAACCAGUCAUGCUACCAUUCUGGACUUUGCUACUAGUCCUGUGUUGUGCCGGAGUCCUGGGACAAAACGACUCCGAUGUGGAGCCCCGCAUUGUGGGCGGCACCAAGGCGCAGGAGGGUCAGUUUCCGCACCAGAUCUCACUUCGCCGACGUGGAAGUCACACCUGUGGUGGCUCCAUCAUUACAAAGGACUACGUUGUCACCGCGGCACAUUGCGUCAAGCAAGGGAACAAUGUCGCUCCAGCUAACCAGCUGGAGAUUCAGGCGGGCAGCCUGCUCCUUUCCAGCGGAGGAGUUCGCGUUCCAGUGGCCACCGUUACCGUGCAUCCCAAUUACAAGGGCAUUGGCCACGACGUGGCCGUGCUGCGUCUACGCAAUUCUCUAAGCUUCAACUCCAAGAUAGCCGCCAUCGAACUGGCCACCAAAGAUCCGCCCAGCGAUGCCACCGUGGACAUCUCCGGCUGGGGCGCCAUCUCCCAGCGCGGACCGCUCUCCAACUCCCUGCUGUACGUGCAGGUGAAGGCGCUGUCCCGGGAAUCUUGCCAGAAGUCGUACUUCCGCCAGCUGCCGGAGACCACGAUGUGCCUGCUGCAUCCCAAGAAUAAGGGUGCCUGCUACGGGGAUUCCGGCGGUCCGGCCACCUACCAGGGCAAACUGGUCGGCUUGGCCAGUUUCGUGAUCGGUGGCUGUGGACGUGCUGCGCCCGAUGGCUACGAAAGGGUCUCCGCACUGAGGUCUUGGAUCGCCGAGAAGGCCAGCUUGUAAAUGGUUUGUAUGUAUCCCAACUAUAUUUUUUUUUCACAUUCAUUUUGCAACGUAGCAGAAAUCAAUGUUGUAAAAGUGACUUAAAUUAUAUUAAAUAUUAUCAGCACAGCAAGCAUUUCUGGUAUUUCUUUCCUUCAAAAUCAAGUGAUAAUGUUUUUCCUUUCAAG